AUUUCACGCAGGAUAUUUCAAUGUCCGAGAAAAGUGAUCAUCAUAUACUAAAUUUCAAAUCUGACCGGAGUUAUUCUGAUAGUAUGACUGUGAGAAAUGGCCGAGAAGUCGAUGAGGUUCCACUUGCAAAUAUUUCUAUUAUCCCAGAAUCUAUCGAAAGCAAGCCAACAUCUCUCAGAGCAUUUGUACAAUACGACAAUAAAUUUACAGAAAAAGUAAACGACAUUUUUGUGACAUUGAGAUGGAACCGACCUGAAUUUACCGAUGAAAUAAUACAGGGAUACACAGUGCAAUGUUUUUUCAUCGAGAACUUAAAAGAGAUUCAAAUCUGCGAUGAUAAAAAUAUUACAACUAUAAAAUUGGAGCACACGGUGCACAAUCUAACAUCUAACACGACAUAUUAUUUUCGAGUACGUGCGCAUACUAAAAUUGUUGCUGGUCCUUACACGGAUUUAAUCAAUGUGUCGACUGUGCAUGAAAAUCCAAUACCUAAAUUAUUAGUCACAUCGGAAAAAGGCAUCCACAUAUUAGACGUGGAUUUAAACAUUACUAAUUUCAUAAUGUCAGAAAAUGUAGAAUAUGUCUGUUAUUCGAUACAGGAACGCAAAAUUUAUUGGAUAAAUGGAAGUGAUCUAAUGAUAUUGAAGAUUAAUGAAAAUAAUAACACAAAAAUAGCUGGCUUUUAUCGAGGAAAAUAUUUCUGCGUUGACUGGGUAGCAAGAAAUUUAUAUUUCUGGCAUUAUUUACCCUACUCUUAUAUUGUAAAAUUCGACUUAACAAUGUGGGAAAAUGGCAUAAUUAAAUUUGAUGAAAUUUACAAAGCAGAAUGUUGUAUUUACCAUUUAAAUGUACCGUCUAUGGGAAUUUUAUAUUUCCUAUUUCGCAAUUUAAGAGGUACAGAAUAUAAUAUAAUGAAAUAUCAUCUCGAUAGAAAAAUUGAACAAAUUGUUCCAGUAAAUACAUCCUUGUGCCCUGAUAACAAUUAUGUUCCUAAUGAUAUGAUAAUUGAUGACAUAAAUAAUGAGGAGCCGUUAAUUUACUGGUUAUUUUCUAAUAGCAUAUUUGUGACAGACAUUAACGUUUUUAAAUGCAGUAAGAUUUUACACAUGAAAAACGUAAAUGAUAAAUUCAUACUUCGCUCUAUUACAAUUGACAAAACAAACAUUUACAUUUUAAGAUAUAAUUCGAAUGAUAUAUACGUUUUGAAGAAGAAAUAUGCAAGUCUCAAUAGCGUAAAUGCAGAAAAAUAUGUUGAAAAGAUAAUAAGCGCAAGUAAAAAUAAACGUUUUUAUCAAAUUGACGCUUUUGAUCAAUCUCUACAACCAUACCCUCCAAUGAGAUGCCUGACACCUGACGAGAAAGUUUAUAAUUUUGAGAAUGUGAAUGCAACAACAAACAGCAUCAGUGUGAAUCUUCCGGAGCCGGUUGUAAAGAGUGGAUGCAAAAAAUAUAAUUUACCAACUACUAUAUAUACUAUCUCCAUAAGCUGUUUAGACAACAAUCUCAACAAGUCGGAGAAAUUCAACGUGCUACGAUAUGUGACGUUCGAGCGAUAUUACGAGAUUCAGAACUUAACACCAUUUACAGAGUACAAAUUGAAGUUUACUUUAAACAAUUUUUACUUUGAUCAAUUAUCAAUAAAUCCAUUUGAUUCGAAUGUGAUACCAAUAAAAACUAAUUCCGGUAAGUUUGAUGCACCAGAAAACGUAAGUGUUCUAGCUUUAACGCCUACUAUAGCAGUAGUUCAUUGGAUGCCACUCAAGAAAGUGAACUGCGUGACCGUGACCUACGAAGUGCAUUGGAAGUCAGUUACAUUAGUGAACGGCACGCAACACAAGAGCAAACAAUUUAUCAAUGUGCCGAAACGUACGGCAGACGGCAGAUUUUUCACAAAGAUUAACUUGUCGCUACCGGUACAAGAUUAUAUGAUAUACGUGCGUGUAUAUCCAAAAAAUUUCAGUGAUUUCUACAACGAGAGUUUAAGCAAGAUCGUUCACAUAGAACCAAACAAUAUUACUUUGAGCGGGGUCGACAUAAAUAGCAUGAACAUUUCGUGGAUCUCAAACAUUAAUCUGACGAUUUUUUGUAUACUAGAGUACAAAGAUAUUGCAGCAGAAAAGUGGCAAACAAUGAAUUAUAUUAAAAUGAAUUAUAACAGUGAAGUAAUAUACAAGGUCGAAAAUUUACAAUCGGGAACUUUAUACAAGUUUCGCUUGAAAUUGAGAUACAUCGAAUACGAGGAAGAUUUAACAUGGCCGGCUGAUGAAAGAUUUACUUUUUCAACACGUGGUAGCAAACGUGAUAUUCCGAGCACUCCUGGAAUAAUAGCGAAAGAAUAUUACUUAUUAUUCAUGUUAAGUUUUAUCGUUAUAGUUACUAUAAUCUGCAUCUGGUACUUUUAUUAUUUGCAUCGCAGAGAUAAUGAACAAUAUUUGUCUUCAACAAUGAACGAUAUGGAAUUGAAGAUUCUACAUGUACCUUGGCGAAACACUCAAUUCAUGAUUGACAAUUUUACGUUACAUUAUAAUCCAGAUGAAUGUGCGGUAACCAUAGUCGCACGUAAACAGAUUACAUUUACAAAACUUCUUGGAAGCGGCGCAUUCGGAAAGGUGUUUCAAGGAAAUGUGAAGAACUUAGAAAGAUCGGGCACAGAGAUAUCCGUUGCAAUAAAAACGCUUCGGAAAGAUGCUUCUUCCUAUGAGAAAAAGAAAUUGUUAAAGGAAGCCAAGCUUAUGAAUCAUUUUCGACACAAACAUAUAUUAAGAUUGUUGGCCAUUUGCUUAGAUGGGGAUUCUCCGUUAUUAGUGUUGGAAUUGAUGGAAACAAAUCUGUUACAAUAUUUGAGAGAUUGUCGAAAUUUGGAAGCGUCAGAUUCGGCUGCUUUGCGUUUGCAGGAUUUGCUCGCCAUGUGCGAAGAUGUUUCGCGAGGUUGUUGCUACUUGGAAGAGUUGCGUUUCGUACAUAGAGAUCUAGCGUGUCGCAAUUGUUUAAUAUCUUCGAGGAAUCGAGAGAAUCGUGUCGUCAAAAUUGGGGACUUUGGACUAGCUAGAGAUAUCUACCAGAAUAAUUAUUAUCGCAAGAAAGAAGAAUGUUGUCUUCCUAUUCGCUGGAUGGCACCCGAAUCUUUGAUGAUUGAAAUAUUUACUUCUCAAAGCGAUGUUUGGUCAUUUGGAGUAAUAAUGUGGGAAAUUACAUCGUUGGGUGAGAAACCUUAUACUGACAAGACUGAGAAUGAAGUGAUAUAUCAUGUACGUGCUGGAGGCAGGUUGCCGAUGACUCUUAACUGUCCGCCACCAUUGUACCAGUUGAUGCUACGUUGCUGGAGUGCAGCGGAUGCUAGACCAAAUUUCAAAUUUUGUCUGGAAAAUAUUAUAGCAUUAAGAAAGAACAUGGAAGAUGCCUUACUGAGUCCAGUCGAUGUUAUUUAG